AUGUUUGUUUUACAAAUUCAUAGUGUAACAUUUUAUAAUUCAUCGACACAAACUAAAUCGAGAAAUGUAUUUUUAGAUAUAUCAAAUGAAAAUCAACCAUCAAGAAGAUAUUUUGUAGGUAGAUUUUCAACAUCAUCAACAAAGUCAUGUGAGUCAAUAAUUCAUAUUUCAAAAACACCAAUUACAGUGCACUUAUCAUAUGGUCCAUUAAUGUAUCAUGAUUUAGGUCCACAAACAAUCUAUGAUUUCUUGUAUGAAGAUAAAAAGAAUUUAGGUCAAAAAAAGUUUUUAACAUUUGGAAGAAGAGGACCAUUAUAUCAUGUUUGUUAUUCUAUUCAACCAGUUAAAUAUUCAUAUGGAUUUUCAUUAAGUAGAAUAAGUUGUUUAAAACAAAUUACAUCAUACAAAGAUCAAUUAUAUGCAGAGGUAGAGUUUAAUCAUAGUACUCAAAGUAUUGGACCUGGUCCAACAAAUAGAUAUCAUUUAGGUAGUUUUGUUUCUCAUGAUGUAACUGAUAUUCAUUCUGUUCACAAUUUAUCGUUUCAGAGUUUAGUUAAUUUUGUUUUAACAUUUUAUAUAAAAACAUCAACAGCUGAAUAUGUAUUGGGAACUUUAAAAUUUACACCAAUUUAUGAAAUGCCAAAUAAUAAUAAUAAUAAUAAUAAUAAUAAUAAUAAUAAUAAUAAUAAUAAUAAUAAUAGUACCAGUAGCAGUAGCAGUAUUAGUAGUAAUAAUAAAUCAUCACCAACAUUACCACCAAUUUUAACAACAAAUAAUGUAAAAAAUACUAGUAAUAAUAAUAAUAAUAAAAAUAUUUAUUUACCAAAGGAUUUAAAAAUAACGCCAAUUGGUAAUAAUAGUAAUAAUAAUAAUAAUAAUAAUAAUAAUUAUUCAAAUUGGAUAAUUAAAACCAAUGAUAUCAAUGAUUUAAAAGAUAAGCAAAAUACAGGUGGAUUAUAUUGUUAUAGAAAUUCAGAUGAUAAUGUACAUACAUUCCUUCAGAAUGAAUCGAGUAUCUCUAAAAAGAUUACAUUAACAUCACCAGAAGGAAAAGGUUCAUAUGAAUUUGUUUUUAAUCUUUUAAAAACUGAUUUCAUGAUGAUUAGUUCAACCCAAGAUAAUCAAAAUCAAACUACAAAUUAUGAAGCUGAACAUAUUGAUUUUAGUCAUAAGCAUAAUCAAAUAAAUUCAACUUCAACUUUAAAAUUUAGUAGUAAUCAACAGCAACAACAACAACAACAACAACAACAACAACAGCAACAACAAAAAUUACCAUCUCAUUAUUCCAUCGAUCAAAGUAAUGAAUAUAAUCAAAAUAAUAAUAAUAAUAAUAAUGAAAAUUUAGAAAUAUCAACAAAUUCAUUUAGUAUUCAAACUGAGGAUAAUCAAGUUGAAGUAUUAAUUGAUGGAUUACAAACAUUUAGAAGGUAUUAUGAAAUAAUGAUGAAUUCACAACAUAGUAUAAGUAUUUUGGCAUGGGAAUUAACAUUUUCAUUUGGUUUAGUUAUGACAAAGAAUGUUAAAUCUGAAUUACCACUUCAUGUUGAUCCAAUGUCAAAAUGGAUAACAUUAGAAGAUGUAUUAAUCUCAAAGGUAUUGGAUGGUGUCAAUGUUAGAAUCAUAGUUUGGAGACAUGAAUUAUUAUCUCACGUCACUAGAUUCCUUUAUUUAGGUGAAGUCACCAUUGAACGUGAAGUUUCAAAAUUAGAGAAAAGAUGUAAACGUUUAGGUGUAGUUUGUAAUGUUUUUCAUACUCAUAAUAUGCCCGGCUUAGAUUCAGAAUUUGCUGAUAUAAAUAGUCCAUAUUUACAUUAUGAUCAUUCAAAAUCACAACAACAACAACAACAAUCUUCAAAAAAUAAUAAUAAUCACAACAAUCACAAUAAUAAUAAUCACAAUAACAAUUCAAGCGAAAAAUUAAAAAAUGAUAAAAAAAAGAAACAACAUGUUCCAAGUAUUACAGUUGUAAUUGUUGGUAAUCCACAAGGUAUUUUAUCAUCACAUCAUGAAAAAUUAUUAUUGGUAGAUUCUGAAUGUCCUGAUCAUUGUGUUGCUUUUACUGGUGGUUUUGAUAUUGCUAGAGGUAGAUAUGAUCAACCAUUACAUCAAAUACCAAGACCAUACAUUCCUGUUAAUAUAAAUAAAUCAACAUCAACAACAACCCCUCCUUCAACUUUACCAAUAUCAACUCAAAAAUCACCAUCAAACAGUAAUAAUAAUAAACAAGAGGAACAACAAAUUCAAGAUGAAGAAAUUGAAGAAGAACCACAAUUAUUAAAUACAAAUAAUAAAGUAUUAUCAAAUAAACCAAUAAGAUAUACUGGUAGAAAUGUUCAACCAAUUUUAAGACAAAUUAGAUUCUUAUGGCAUGAUAUUCAAAUUUUAUUGAGAGGACCAAGUACACAACAUUUAAGAUUACAUUUCUUUCAACGUUGGAUUCAUGCAUUCUCUCAAAAUGUAUCAAUUACAAGAACUGCAUCAUUGGAUGUAUUGCCAAGUUCAAUAACAUGUACAAAGAAUCAUAACACUCUACCCAAACAACAUGUAAUUCAUAAUGAUCCUGCAAAAGUUUAUAAUCAUUGUUCAGUACGUUUAUUUAGAACUUGGAAAGGUGUUAUCGAUAAUAACAUGAUGUUUGACGAAUACGCCAAAAUGAUUUUAAAUGCAAAGGAAUUCCUAUACGUAGAACAUCAAUAUCCAUUUCAAAAUUUUACCCUCACCUAUUAUAUGUGUGAAGCAUUAAAAGCAAAUCCAAAACUUCAUCUAUUGGUUGUAACUCCAGUUAAAACUGAUUUACCAAGUGGUUUAGUUGGCGAAUUAUUCGACUGGUCUCAAGAUCAUAUCAUCAAACAUCUUCAUUUAAUUCAUAGUAUUGCACCCGAUAGAGUUGGUAUCUAUGGUUUAGUACAACAAGAUCAUGAAACCAAUCGUCUGAAACCAAUUUACAUUCAUUCCAAAUUGUUUAUCGUUGAUGAUACCAUUCUAAACGUCGGUAGUACCAAUAUGGAUAAUAUGAGUUUCUUUCACUCGAGCGAACUUUGUGCCUCUAUAACCGAACCAAUAUUGGCAAAAGAAACUCGUGUCACUUUAGCAAAAGAACAUUUAGGAAAACAUUAUACAAAAAGUAUGGAAUCAAACUUUAUCGAUAUGUUUAAUGCUUUCAGAAAAGUAUCAGAAGAGAAUUAUGAACGUUUACGUUAUAAAAGAUUACUCAUCGGAAGACCAAUCUCUCUAACACCUGCAGAUAAAUAUGAAUUCAUAUUGAAAAAGAUUUAUUAUCCAAAUAAAUUUACAAAAAUUUUAUAUAAAAUGGGUUUAGAUUCUGAAGAAUGGUUAAAUAAAAUGUUUAACCCAUCGAGUUGGAUGAAUUUAUUUAAACCAAAAUUAUAA